UUGAAACAUAGAAAACACUAAAGAGAGGUCUGUACCUGGAAAAUGGGGGUUGGGGAGGUGGGAGUUUACAGGAGUUCCACUCUCUCUGCCUUCACAGAUCUCCCUCCGCUUUCCAACUCACCUCACAUUUUCCUUUCAAUUUCAGUAAACCCCAUUUCCAUUCAUCCUCCAUUCCUUACUUCUCACGCUUUCUCUCAAGAUUCUUGAAUCCCUUCAAUUCAGAAAAAAAGUUAAUUCAAAUUCAUCUCAUUGUUUUGCUUCAUCUUUCUCCAAUUUCAAAAGAAUCUCCCACCCUCUGCAUACGUUGCGUUUGUACUUGUCAUCACGCCAAUGCCUGCUCAAGAAUCGACAAUGGGUUCCCAGAGAUCCACAAAACCCUCAAAACCCCCCAACCAAACUGCACCGCAUUCAAGAUCAUCCUCCGCUUCUUCUUCAUCUUCAGUCUCGUCCCAUUUGGCCAUGGUCGAAUUGAAGCAGCGGAUUCUUACUUCCCUCAACAAGCUCGCCGACCGCGACACCCACCAGAUCGCCGUCGAAGACCUCGAGAAGAUCAUCCAAUCCCUCUCUAGCGACGGCGUUUCCAUGCUCCUUAACUGUCUCUACGAUGCCGCCAACGACCCCAAGCCCUCGUUGAAGAAGGAGGGCGUCCGCCUCCUCGCCACCCUCUGCGCCACCCACACCGACGCUGCCGCCGCCCACCUCACCAAAAUCAUUGCCCACAUUGUCAAGAGGCUUAAGGACUCUGAUUCGCUGGUCCGGGAAUCGUGCCGCGACGCUAUUGGCUCGCUUGCAGGGUUGUACUUGAAGGGCGGUAAUGGAGGGGACAGCGUCGUUUCUCUGUUUCUGAAGCCGUUGUUUGAAGUGAUGAGUGAGAACAACAAGGCUGCUCAAGGCGGGGCCGCAAUGUGUUUGGCUAAGAUGGUGGAAUGCGCUUCUGACCCUCCUUUGAUUACUUUUCAGAAACUUUGUACCAGGGUUUGUAAGUAUUUGAAUAGUCCCAACUUCAUGGCGAAGGCUUCAAUGUUGCAUGUUGUGUCGAGUUUGUCACAGGUAGGAGCAAUCACACCACAAAGUUUGGAACCAUUGCUGCAAAGUAUUCAUGGGUGUCUUAGCAGUUUGGAUUGGGCAACUAGGAAGGCUGCAGCUGACACAUUAAGUGUGUUAUCUUUGAACACUGGUAACAUAACAGCAGAAGGAGCUACUUCCACAUUGAAUGCACUUGAGGCUUGUCGAUUUGACAAGGUAAAACCUGUUAGAGAGAGUAUGAGCGAGGCUUUGCAGCUCUGGAAGAAAAUUGCAGGAAAAGGAGAUGGAUCUUCAGAUGAGCAUAAAGCUUCAUCUCAUGAUGGUGAUGCUUCUGAUUCUACUGAUCCAUCAGAUAGGAAGGAUGUUCCAAAUCCUGAUGAUAGGGAAAGUGAAAAAUCAGUGAAGGAUUCAUCCUCUGGAUCAUCUCCCACUGAUCCUAAUCUUAAAGGCAAGGGAAAUGACUUUUGGGACAAGGCUGUUGGGAAAUUGAAAAAGAAGGCACCAGCAUUAACUGACAAAGAAUUGAACCCUGAGUUCUUCCAGAAACUAGAGACCAGAGUUUCAGUGCCUGUAGAAGUGAUUCUUCCUCGUAGAUGCGUCAAUCCUUCAAAUUCACAAAAUGAGGAAGGGUCUGAAUCAAAUGCUGAUCCAAGUGAGAACACUAGGCUUAAAUAUGAAAGCAUGGAGAGGGUAACUAAUGGUGAUCAUAAUCAGAGAAACUCAUGCGGCACUUAUCCCGAUUUUUCCAGAACUUCUGGUCAAUCUGAGGGAUCUAUGAAUAAUAAAGGAAAUUGGUUGGCUAUUCAGAGACAAUUGUUGCUGCUGGAGAGGCAACAGGCUCAUCUCAUGAAUAUGUUGCAGGACUUUAUGGGUGGUUCUCAUGAUAGCAUGAUGACCCUAGAAGAUCGGGUGCUGGGACUCGAGAGAGUUGUUGAAGACAUGGCACGAAGUUUAUCAAUAUCAUGUAGAAGGGGUGGUAGUACUAUGGUUGGGUUUGAGGGAUCUUCUAACAGGUCUCUCAACAAGUACAAUGGCUUUCCUGACUAUUCCAGUGGCAAGCUAGGAAGAGGCAGUGAUGGGCGUAUGCACUUUGUGGAAAGGUUUGCUGCAUUUGAUGGUGUUGCCUCAGGGAUGAAGUCUAGGGGCCCUUCUUGGAGAUCUGAUCCAGAUGCUUGGGACUACCAUGCAUAUGGUAGAAAUGGACAUAUGAGCUCGCGGAGAGCUGCUGGUGGCGGCCCUAUAGAUAUUAGGUUUGGUAAAUCAGAAACUGAGGAUGAUCAGGUUGGCAGCAGGAAAGCUUGGGAAAAAGGAGGCGGGGCCCUUAGGUUUGGUGAGGGACCUUCUGCAAGAAGUGUCUGGCAAGCUUCUGUGGAUGAAGCUACCUUGGAAGCUAUUCGAGUAGCUGGUGAAGACAAUGGAGUCGCUCGGAGUGGUCGAGUAGCUAUACCUGAAAUGACUGCUGAAGCAUUAGGAGAUGAUGGAGCCGUGCAAGAUCGUGACCCGGUUUGGACUUCUUGGAGCAAUGCAAUGGAUGCACUUCAUGUUGGAGACAUGGAUUCUGCUUUUGCUGAAGUCUUGUCCACUGGGGAGGAUCUCUUGCUUGUAAAGCUCAUGGACAGAUCAGGGCCGGUUAUCGAUCAACUCUCAAAUGAGGUAGCAAGUGAACUUCUCAAUGCUAUUUCACAAUUGCUCAUGGAGGAGAACUUCUUUGACGUGUGCUUAUAUUGGGUUCAACAGAUGACAGAUAUCGUUAUGGAAAAUGGCCCCGACGUUCUGGGCAUUCCAAUGGAAGUAAAAAGGGAGAUUUUGCUUAAUUUGCAUGAAGCGUCUUCAUCAAUAGCCCUAGCUGAGGACUGGGAAGGAUCAGCUCCAGACCAACUAUUACUUCAGCUUGCAUCAGCCUGGGAAAUUGAUGUGCAACAUUUUGAGAAAUAGCUGCCCUGACCAAAGUUUUACUUCAUAUUAUUGUUACUCCUGGAGCUGUCAAAGAUUUCCCUUUUCUUUUUAGUUUGUUUGAGCUUGUGUUUUGUUUGGUUUUCGAUUUUUUUUUUUACAACGAAAAUGAGAAAAAAGAACAAUUGAUAUGACAAAGAUAUAUUAUUUAAUGGUCUACCUUCCUUUUUGGUCUAAUCUUGUAAUGUCUUGCUCCAGACAUUGUAAAGAAGUUACAUUGUACAAUAUACUCUGUUACUAAUUAAA